ACGGAACCCGGGUUCUCUAUUUUCUAUCUACGCUCCUGGUUGACUGUCCGUGGCAUGUUCUAACCUCAAAAAAGUGUCAAAAUUGAAGUUUGUUUGACGUAUUGACGAAAAAAAGGGCAUAUGCUACCGUCGUAAUGGUUUUACUAGAGAAUGAUGCGUUUUUAGCCGAACUCACACGUUUGUUUGAAAAAUCAAGACUCUCUGGUGCAGUCUCAUUGACCAUCAAAAGGUUUAAUGGACAUAAUAAGCCAGUGCCAAGGAAAAGUAAACCUCCAUUACCCGUUCCUAGUGAAUAUCUUUGUUUAGUUCGUGCAACUCUUAGUUCAAAGAAGAUCUCGACAGUCAUUCAUCCAAAGGACGUGAACAAAUUCCAGCAGGCGUACUGGAAUCUUUUAAAGAGCAAUAUAAAUGGACUGAAAAAACUAAAGAAAGUCAAAUCCUCUAAGCCGAAGGCACUUUAAUUGUUAAUUUAUUUAUCACUUCUUUUUUAAAUGUUGAUAUGUUCUACAUGCCGAUUAAUAUUUUUUUGUACUAUAUCAAAUUGUAUACUAUUCAUUCGUGUAAAAUGAAGAGUCACUUUCAAGUUUAUAGAUAAUAAAAGAUAAUUAAACAAA